AUGUCAGUUGUAGCAGUCAGUCAGAGUAAAGAACAUCACUUUAGUAAAGAUGUUGUAGACUCGAUCACAUUGAUCGAGGGUAGAGGUGUACUAGGUGAUUGUCAUUUUGGUGAGAAUGUUCAACAUCUUUCAAGAGUCAAAGUAAACCCAAAUCAACCUAAUCUUAGACAGGUACAUCUCAUUUCACAAGAAUUCCAACAAGAACUCAAAGGGAAAGGUUUUGUAAAGGGUUGUUUACCUGGUCAAAUGGGUGAGAACAUUACAACGGUUGGUAUCGAUCUAAUCAAUCUCCCACUCGGUACUACAUUAACUAUAAAUGAUGUUGUAUUGGAAAUUACUGGACUUCGUAAUCCAUGCCCUCAACUAUCGAAAUUGGAAAGUGAUUUAUUAGAGGCAUGUCGUCUUCGUGAUGAACAAGGUGAGAUCAUUGUAAGAAAGUCUGGUAUCAUGGCUAUAGUACUCAAGGGUGGUAGUAUCAAAGCUUCGGACAAGAUUAUCGUUCAAUCACCUCCAGAACCACAUGUAGCAUUAAAAGUAGUCUAA